UCUGCUGAAUUUUCAAUUUCAGUUGUAAGCUGACUGCAAUCAGCAGUGGUUCGCCUUUUGGUUCGCAAUUCGCAAUUCGGCCGAGAGUUCGGAUUCGACAUACUCUACUCGCUUUUGUCGCUCGGGCACACGCUCGCUCGCUCCUCGGGAAAUAACGGCAAAACGGGCAACACAGAAUACGGGCUACGGGCCGCUGUCCGAGCGCAAAACUUUUCGAUUAUAAACUUUGGCGGUAACAUACGACCACCCACUGGGUGGACAUCCAACUCCUUGCCACCCAAACCACCCAACCACCCACCCAUCUACCACCCACAUCACGUUAGUUGCGGCUCCUGGCGCGCUAAUUUUGCAUACACAUGUCCGUGCGUGUCUGUGUGUGUGUGUGUGUGUGAGUGCGAAUUAAAAUACAUGCAUAUCAUCAUGUGCGAGAGUGUGCGUGUUUUAUUGAUUUUAUAGAGCAACAACAAAAACAACAACUAUAUAGUUUACUUCCUCCUUCCAAUAUACCCCCCCUUGCUAUCAGCCUAUUGGAGCCUCUUCCUUUGCUCUUCGUUCCUGGGCUAAUUUCAAUGACAGUUGGAAGCGAGAGAGUGGGGCAGAGCGAAGAAUUUAAAUUCGGGGAAGGUGGUGGAGGGGGAGAAAGAAUAGUUCGAAAUGAAUAAAGAGUGGGAGCCAAAGAGAUUAAAGCUUAGCAGGAGGGAGGGAGAUGGAACUAUUAAAGCUGAUGGAAAGCGAAAUUUUACCGUUUAAAGUUGAGAGUUUUGGAGUUGGGACUUAAAGCUAACGGGAAAUAGAAGAGGAGAACCAUAUAUCUUGAGAUUUGAGUGAUUAAGGACCCCCCAAGUAGUCUAGAGAUGGCAGCUCAGCGGAAAUGGCUAUCUUUUGAAAUCCUUCAUGAAUACAAUGCCUUUUAUGCCAGAUUUGACCUAUAAAUGUGUUAGCAUCACGCCUUAUCUCGAUUAGACUCCACUGAUAAGCAGCAAAGUAAGGGCAACAAUUUCCAGCAGAUCCACUUAGCUGCCAAUUUCCCAACCAGCAGCUUCCAGUUUGUGUGAUAGUGUGAGUGUGUGUGUGUGUGUCGCUGUGGAGGCCUCAUAACUUUCCACGGCGCGGCGCGGCCAAACUUGUGAAAUUCUUGGCUACUAGCCGAGGAGAGCCAGCUCCCCAGCAGUUACCAAGCUCGCAAAAUCAAGCACCUCGGCGGCAGCUGGGCCAGCAUUUGCACCCCAGCCUGCCUCGCUCCCCAGACCCCCUCCCCCCCUCCACGGGGCCCUACCCUCUCACCUCACCUAACAACACUGUCGCCGGCAAUUUUUGCCCAUAAAAACGGCAACAACGGGCAACGGCGGCGGCAGCAACACCAACAACAACAACAACAACGAAAACGAAAAUUUAACGACUGCGCAACGUGACGCAUUAUUUGUCUGGCUUGCUUGGGUCUCCGGUCCCGGUCUCCGGUCUCUUGUCUGCUGCCUGCAGCAAAGCUAUAGCUGUGGCUGUUUCAGUUGCCGUAGCUGCCGCCAGAAAUUGCUUUUGCUCGCUGGAAUAUAUAUAGUAUGUGUGUGUGUGUGUGUGCUACAGCCUGUGCCAGUGCCAGUGCCUAUGCCUGUGACUCUGCCUCCGCAUCCGCACCUCAUCAACCCCCCACUGCACCGCACAAUCCACACUCCACGCUGCCGUUUUUAGUAUUUCGCACUCUGUGCACGGCAAACAUUUUUGCAUGACUGACUGAAUGCCGCCGCCUGCGCCUGACUCACACUCACACUUACACCAACACACACACACAUACACUGCAGCAGUGGGGCCAGACAAUGCACUCGAAAAAAAGUGGAGCAUAAUUGAGUGGAAAUCUGGUCUAGUAGCCUACAGUUAUUUUUAGGGAGCUUCCAAAUGAGCAGUUUCAAGUUUUUUUUUCGUACAACAGCUAUUUGAGUUUCUCACAGUGUACUCGCUUAUUGCAAAAAGGGGGGCGGUGGACAGGAAGAGGCCGAGGGAGCAGUGCAGAGCAGACCAGGCCAGGCGAGUGGAGUAACUGUUGGCUGGUCUCUCGGUCGUCGCCGUCUGUCUCACUGUCUUGCCGUCUCUGUCCCGGCCUGGCCUGGCCUGGCGUGUUUAUAAUUUGAUUUCGCUGCUUCUUUCCUGCCUUCGCUGUGUGGGGGGGAGGUACAAGGAGGAUGAGGUGGGGAUGGCGAAUUCGAUGGAGAGCAGAGCAAAGCGAGCAGCGCAGAGCAGCAUUUCCUGUCGGUCGGCUCGUUUUGGAGCCUAGGCCCAAGGAAGGAAUCUUUAAUGAAGUUAUUGUGUUAAGUUGGAGGUUGUUGUUGUUUUUGUUUUUGUUGCGCGCCUCCUGGAGAGAGCACUCGGACUACGAUGCUCAUUGAUCGCGACCAACUUGGUGUGGGUGAACUGGAAGAGGGGGCGGGCGGUGGGAGGAUGACAGAUGACGAGGUGAGCUCAGCGCCUAAUUGCUUUUCUUCAUUCCUCUCUCAGUGCGCUCUCUUCCGGUGGCCGGUGGUGGUGGUGGUGUUGGGGGCUGCAUUUGGCAUUCACCGUUAGCCGACAAGUGAAAAAGCAGAAGGGAAGGGGGCGGCGCAGUGAAUUAAACGAGCGCGAGUGAGACAAAGCAAACUAUUUGAGCGCAAAGAUGGCGCCAAAAAAGUCCACCAUUGUGCUCAAUGUGGAGCAGUUCAUUCACGACAUCGAGGAGCGUCCGGCCAUCUGGAAUCGCAAUUUCCAUUGCAACAAGGCCUUUCUCGAGCAGAUGUGGGACGAGCUGAGCGGGGCGCACAAGCUACCGAAGAUCGUGCUCAAGGCCAAGUGGAAGGGCCUGAGAGAUAAUUUUAGAGUGGAGUACAAGAGAAUACCGAGAGCGGAUAACGGUGAUUUUCUAGUGGAUCCCGCCACUUUCGAGUCCAAGUGGCUCCACUACUACGCUCUGCUGUUCCUAACUGAUCACAUGCGCCAUCGCCUGCCUAAGAACGAGCAGGAUCAGUCCUUCUACUUUAACCAACAGAGCCAGGAUUGCGAGAAGACCGUCGUCGAACCGGACCUAACCAACGGUUUGAUACGUCGACUGCAGGACAGCGACGAGGACUACGACGAGGAGGAUAUGGAGGCUGAGGCGGACGGAGAAGCCAGCGAAGCAACCAUGGAGGACGCGAUGCCCACGCCACCAGCUGCCCAUCAAACCAACCAAGUGAGCACCACGCCCCUGGCCACCGGCGCCCUCAAGGCCCAGGAGGAGGCUCAUCAGCAAGCCCUCUUGAAGGCGGGACUGCUGCGAGCUCAGUUGCUGGAGCUGGACAAGGAGGCCGAGGAUCUGAGCAAGAAGCCCCCUCUGCAGCAGCAUCCGCAGGUUCCUCUGGUCCAAAUGCUGGUGGAGCCACCUGCCGCUCACUGCUCGCCGCCGCCCAUGGUGACCACUACUUCUGCUCAAGUUCCACAGCCUGGUUCCGCGGCCGUUCUGGCUCCGGCUACCACCACAUCCGCCUCCUCCGUGUCCUCCAAUGGAGUGCCGUUGGGCGGCAAGAGAUCGGUAUCACCUCCGCCCCUGUACAACAAGGCGCACCACCCAUUGGCCACGCUGGCUGCCGCACAUCACGCCGCCAAGGAAAGAGGCGAGGACUUUGGAGGGAAUGGAACCACUUCAGAGCACUUGAACUUCACGCAACACUCCUACGCUAAUGGACUGAUACCUGCACUAAAGCUGAAGCGCCCACGUCUGUCCGAAGAUAGCAACUUCAAUGGUUCCUCAACGAUGGACACGCCUCUGGUGCCGGAGGACGAUGACUACCACUAUUUGCUGAGCCUGCAUCCGUACAUGAAGCAGCUAACGGCUGCCCAGAAACUACGCAUCCGCACCAAGAUACAAAAGCUCAUCUUCAAGGAGCUAUACAAGGAGGAUCUCGAGGAGUCCAAGUAGUAGUGCAACACCUCGAAUACCUCUAGAAUAAGCCGAAGACUGUACAUACUCCCUGUAGCCUUAGACCGUAAGGAUUAUGCUUAGUUUUGUCCAUGCCAUGCUACUUGAUUGAUUUCUAGUUGAGCGCCACUCCAAGGAAAGCUGGGAGUCCGCCAUUUACGCCUAAGCACAAAUACCUUUAAAAUAAAAGUAUUUACUUUAAA